UGUAUGAGUAGGUAGGACUACUAUAAAAACAUGUAUACUGUAUGAGUAGGUAGGACUACUAUAAAAACUGUGGAUGGAAACUUGUUGGCAGUCACUCAAUUGGCCAUGUCGGUUUUUAGAAUAAUACGUUCAUCUAGCCAGCUAGCUAAACUAGUCAUUGUCGAUGUCCGUACCACAUUUGAUUUUAUUAGUCACUCUCACUCAGAUAUUUUAUUAACAUGGCCUAAGACCGGGGCAAAAUGUGGGUAAAUGCAGAACAUUUGAUGUAAAACUGCACAUUUUUGCCUCCGUCCCCAUGGCAAAAUGUGUAGAAUUGUGUGAAAUGAGUAAUAAAUGGCUCACUCUACUCUCCGUCCCCAUGGCAAAAUGUGUAGAAUUGCGUGAAAUGAGUAAUAAAUGGCUCACUCUGUUCUCCGUCCCCAUGGCAAAAUGUGUAGAAUUGCGUGAAAUGAGUAAUAAAUGGCUCACUCUACUCUCCGUCCCCAUGGCAAAAUGUGUAGAAUUGCGUGAAAUUAGUAAUAAAUGGCUCACUCUACUCUCCGUCCCCAUGGCAAAAUGUGUAGAAUUGCGUGAAAUUAGUAAUAAAUGGCUCACUCUACUCUCCGUCCCCAAGGCAAAAUGUGUAGAAUUGUGUGAAAUGAGUAAUAAAUGGCUCACUCUACUCUCCGUCCCCAUGGCAAAAUGUGUAGAAUUGAGUGAAAUGAGUAAUAAAUGGCUCACUCUACUCUCCGUCCCCAAGGCAAAAUGUGUAGAAUUGUGUGAAAUGAGUAAUAAAUGGCUCACUCUACUCUCCGUCCCCAAGGCAAAAUGUGUAGAAUUGUGUGAAAUGAGUAAUAAAUGGCUCACUCUACUCUCCGUCCCCAUGGCAAAAUGUGUAGAAUUGUGUGAAAUGAGUAAUAAAUGGCUCACUCUACUCUCCGUCCCCAUGGCAAAAUGUGUAGAAUUGUGUGAAAUUAGUAAUAAAUGGCUCACUCUACUCUCCGUCCCCAUGGCAAAAUGUGUAGAAUUGCGUGAAAUGAGUAAUAAAUGGCUCACUCUACUCUCCGUCCCCAUGGCAAAAUGUGUAGAAUUGUGUGAAAUUAGUAAUAAAUGGCUCACUCUACUCUCCGUCCCCAAGGCAAAAUGUGUAGAAUUGCGUGAAAUUAGUAAUAAAUGGCUCACUCUACUCUCCGUCCCCAUGGCAAAAUGUGUAGAAUUGGAGGGCGAUAUGGCCUGAACCAUAUCUCAAGUUUAUUUUCUUAAACUUAUGGCCAAUUCAUGAUAUCAGUUUUUUUAUAUGUUUUCUCUAAAUAAGAGUUGUACAAUUAAAGGUAAAAUACACAUUUCAAACAGUCAGAAAUAAUCUAAUGAAUUCAGGGUUUGAAGUUAUACCGAGGCUGAAUGUAAACCUUCCACGACCAUAACACCCACUAAUCAUUUCAUUAUUUUAUCAAAAUAGUUUAACCUGGGUUUUUAGUUUAACUGAUCUGUCUUUCAAGUCUUUGAAAAUGUCAUAUUUUUGUCACAACUGUGACUAGAAGCAUAAUGCUCCUUCACUAAUAAUGACUAACUUCUUGUACCAGCCAUUAGGCUAUAGAGAAUGAACACAGGUCUCAUCAGGCUAUAGAGAAUUAACACAGGUCUCAUCAGCCAUCAGGCUAUAGAGAAUUAACACAGGUCUCAUCAGCCAUCAGGCUAUAGAGAAUUAACACAGGUCUCAUCAGCCAUCAGGCUAUAGAGAAUUAACACAGGUCUCAUCAGCCAUUAGGCUAUAGAGAAUGAACACAGGUCUCAUCAGCCAUUAGGCUAUAGAGAAUUAACACAGGUCUCAUCAGCCAUUAGGCUAUAGAGAAUGAACACAGGUCUCAUCAGCCAUCAGGCUAUAGAGAAUGAACACAGGUCUCAUCAGCCAUUAGGCUAUAGAGAAUUAACACAGGUCUCAUCAGCCAUUAGGCUAUAGAGAAUUAACACAGGUCUCAUCAGCCAUCAGGCUAUAGAGAAUUAACACAGGUCUCAUUAGGCUAUAGAGAAUUAACACAGGUCUCAUCAGCCAUCAGGCUAUAGAGAAUUAACACAGGUCUCAUCAGCCAUUAGGCUAUAGAGAAUGAACACAGGUCUCAUCAGCCAUUAGGCUAUAGAGAAUUAACACAGGUCUCAUCAGCCAUUAGGCUAUAGAGAAUUAACACAGGUCUCAUCAGCCAUUAGGCUAUAGAGAAUUA